CCAUUCUCUUCAACAUCAAACAAUGUCGCCACCACUCCUCCUCCUCUUACUCCUCCCUUUCCUCGUCCUCGUCCAAUCCCGCCCCAACACGCAGCAGCCGCCGCCGCAGUUGAAAUUAGACUUCUACGCGAAGACGUGCCCCAACUUCGGCAAGAUCAUCCAAGAUGUGAUCACCAACAAGCAGAUGGCCGUCCCCUCGUCCGCGGCCGGCGUCCUCCGCCUCUUCUUCCACGACUGCGUGGUGGGCGGGUGCGACGCCUCCCUCUUCCUCAUCUCCCCCUCCGCCUCGCACGCCUCCGAGCGCGACCACGACAUCAACCACUCCCUCCCGGGCGACGCCUUCGACGUGGUCAUCCGCGCCAAGACCCGGCUCGAGGUGGAGUGCCCCGGCGUGGCGUCCUGCGCCGACAUCCUGGCGGAGGCCACCCGCGGGCUCAUCAGCAUGGUCGGCGGGCCCUUCUACCCCGUCCUCCUGGGGCGGCGCGACAGCCGCGAGGCGCACGCCAACGACGUGGAGGGCCACAUCGCCCGCCCCAACAUGAGCGUCACGCAGAUCAUCAACAUCUUCGGCGCCAAGGGAUUCUCCGUGCAGGAGAUGGUGACGCUCUCCGGGGCCCACACCAUCGGCUUCUCCCACUGCUCCGAGUUCGCCUCCCGCAUCUUCAACUUCAGCGCCACGCAGGACCACGACCCCUCCAUGAACCCCGCCUACGUGGAAGGCCUCCGCAAGCUCUGCGCCGGAUACAGGAAGGACCCCACCUUGGCCGCCUUCAACGACCCCAUGACGGCUGGGAAGUUCGACAAUGCGUAUUUUGUGAAUCUGCAGAAUGGGUUUGGUCUGCUGGCCAGCGAUCAGAUCCUCGCGUCGGAUCCACGAACGAAGCCCAUCGUGGAUAUGUACGCCAAGGAUGGCACCAAAUUCUUCAAGGAUUUCGGCAAGGCUAUGGAGAAGGUGGGCAUGCUGGAUGUCAAGACUGGGGAUCAGGGGGAGGUCAGGAAGAGGUGUGACACUCCAAAUUGAUUUUUUUUCAUUUCUUGCAGUUUCAAUAUAUGUAUAAACAUGAUGAAAAACCAAAUAUCUGUACAAACCAUACGUACUUAAGACAACCUAAAUAUGUACACUUCACACGGCAAU